ACUCGCCACAAUCGUACUUCAGAUACAGACGCCUUAUCACUGAAAAUGGCUAAACGAUUACGUCUUAAUCAUUUUACGGGCAUACGUGUGUAUCGAGAACUGUACAAGUGUAAUUUGGUUCGUUGUUGUUUAGUUAAUUGCGUCAGUUGUGGCGCGCUAUUUUCAGAAUGUCGUCAACUAAUUCGCCGGCUGGAAGGAAACUAGUCCUGAAUUCGCUACUGGAGACUGACCAUUAUGAGAGCAUCAUCAAAGACCUGACGUGCAAAAGAUGCUCAAAAUACAUGAAGCCGCCUAUUCACCUCUGCGUGGACGGACACAGUAUCUGCGGUCCUUGUUAUGACAAAAGCUAUCAAUGUCACGUGUGCAAAAAAGAAUUUUCACCAAUCCGUUCCGCCGUGCUGGAGUCGUUGGCAAACAAAGUCUUGUUCCCGUGCACGAAUGCAGGAUGCCCAAAACACGCCACACUCCCGCUACUGGAGAAGCACACUCCGCACUGCCAGUUCAGAAUCAUAAACUGCUUUAUGGCUAGAGUAUACGGUGAGUGCACGUGGGAGGGGCGCGCGGGCGACUGGAUGGACCACUGCUUCUCGGAACAUAAACAAAAGGUCACUGACCUGCCCUUCAUCACUGUCAAAGACAAAUGGGACGCUAAGAGGACAGAGCCGAUUCUAAACUAUUUCCUGCUAAGAUGCUUCGAAAAAGUUUUUAAUGUUUACCAGAUCUAUGAUAAAAGAGGAGGUCGAAUGAUGUGGACAGUGCUCGUAAACGAUGACAAUGCAGAGAAAUUUUAUUUCGAAAUCGACAUCUUCCUUCCAAAUCUACCGAGCAAAAGGAUCGUGUACCGACGCCCCUGUAAAUGCGAGAAGGACGCUGAUUUCCUGGAACACACGCAAAACGUGUACAUUCCCGUUGAAAACGUUUUCUCUAUGCUCGAUGACAGCGAAGCCUUGAAUUUCAUUGUUAGAAUCGGUGAAGUAGAAAAUUUACCUCUGCUCGAUACACCGACAGAUAGCGAGAGCCGUAUUCUUCUGAACCACGAAGAUCAUAAAUAAAUACAGUGAAAUUUACACCAUCAAAUUGUUAUUGUCAACAAAACCGUAGAUAAUUAAUAAGUUUUCUUCAAUCAUUAAACAUGACUUUGGGAUA